AUGCUGCCCAUGUUCCGGACAUCAUCGAAAAGGCAAGAGCGCGGAAGCUCAAAAUCAUCGUCAAGGGCGCCGGGCAUUCCUACGCCGUUGCCCGAAGUGUCUGCCCGCUUCUCUCACGAGACGCUCGUGUGGCGGUGGUCCGAGGAAACCGUGAGGUCCUUCCCAACCAAAAAGACCUACAGCAUCUACAGCUCUUUCGUCUUCACCAACGACAGGGACACGAUCGGGAGCCUCACGGCCAUCAUCAGGAAAGGCAUGAAGACCUUCCGGCACCUCUACCCCAGGGAAAAAGUCGAGUUCCUCGUCACCUGGAUCCACGCGGAGGGCGUCCGGCUUCCGCAGGGCGCGGUGCAUGACCCGGACGCCGAUGUGGGCAUGCUGAAUGAAGAGGAUUUCACGGAUUCGAUCGCGGGAGCACCGUAG